GCGAUCGUUGACAACAGUCCGAAAUUCGAAUGCUUUUCCCACCCGGCGCCCCUUUCGACGAUGACAGUUUCAUUGCAGAAGAUCGUUGUUUUCUUCGUUUGUCGUCACGCGCCGCACGUUGGAGCACAGAUCUUCCACCGAUCUUUCUUGUUUCCACGGGCUUGUUCGUUGGACGGUCGACCACUGUUGUCGGUUUGUUGCCCUUUGAACAGCCCUCACAUGGGUGACCUGCUGCACAGGCUGCCUCUGCUGCUCCUCGUCGUCGUGCUGCUUCUCGUCGUUGUCUUCUUCCACGUGUGUUUUGUCGGCCUCGUCCCGCUCGCAGCUCGCAGAAGGAGAUCUUCCAAGAAAGCUGACAGAAUGGAUCGACGAGUGGCCAAUGGUAGACGGGCAGGCACAACCUCCGGACCGAGCAAUCGGCAACGCAGUGCAGGGUCUGUAUCGAAGCAGCCGUACGACCCGAGGUUGUAUGCUCACCUGCCUUCUCACGAGAUUCCUCUGCCGCCGUCAGAUGAUGAGGGGGAAGACGUGAGGUUGUCGACUUUGCCGUUGGGAAGUGGUUCGACGCAAAAGUGGGCAGCGACGCAGUCGCACGGCGGCAAGCGGGUGGAGACCCCGUGGUCUUACAAGUCACUGCUGAACGAGGGGCUGUGCGACAACGACAACAAUGCAGCGGUUGAUCUCAGCUUCCAGUUGUCCAACAGCAGCGGAGCAGCGGCAACGCACACUCGAAUCAUCAAUCCCCACCCGGGCGGGCAUUUCGCGGACAACACGUACGGUGGUGUGUCCGGUGCACGAGACGGAGGUCUGCCUCAAUCGCUUCGCGAAGGAGGCGGUAAUCGAAAUGAGUCGUCAACGAGUGUCGGAGGAGGAGUCGGUGCGGAUGAACGUCCGGAGUGGAUUUGUUUGUCACCUGCGUCGCUAAGCGGAUCCGGGACUCCUCGAGGACGGCAGCGCCCGGAGGAUUUGCGUGACAGAGGUGCGCGUGUGCAACGCGACGGCAGGCAGUUGUGGGCAGAGUGCAGGCAGGCCUUGCAUCAAGGUGGAACGGAGACAAUCACGAGAGGGGUGCAACAGCUCCACGUCGACGAAGGCAUUGAAGCGGUUGUUGACGAGGCCCGGGGGUGUGACGAGGUUGACGGUGAUGACAUUUGCAACUCCGACGAUUUGCCAGACAUAAGAUCGCUUGGGAGGAAGGCGGCAAGCGGCGGAGCGACUCCGAAGAAGGGUCCCGCAACGAAAAACCGACGGAAUAGGAAAAUGGAUGACGACACAGGCCGGAGCGAUGGCGAGGGCGGCCGAAAUUUCUGGUCGGUGGGAGACACGUUCGCACUCGUCAGGGCGAAAAGGGAUCAAGAUCUGUAUAUCGCCGGCAUGAGCACCAGUUUCGCCCGCAUGAAAACGAGGGAGUGGAAGUGGGAGGACGUGCGGGCGAGGUUGCAGACGAUGGGCGUGACGAGGGAGACCGUCGACUGCGGGAAGAAAUGGGACAACUUGAUGCAGCAAUUCAAGAAGGUCCACAAGUUCCAGAACCUCUCCGUCGGGAAGGACUACUUCAAGCUCGCUUCAAAGGCCAGCCAAUCGGAGGGCUUCAGCUUCGUCAUGGACCGGAGUGUGUACGACGAAAUGGAGGCCAUGACGAAGGGGGAUCACACGAUCCACCCGAAGAAUUUGGCGGACACGGGGGCGGCCGGGGGGGUUCAGAUGCCGGCAGGCGCGGUGGCCGGAGGGGAGACCAUGGCCGGUGAGGGUGGAGGGGAGGCCGCCGACGAGGAGCAGGGGUCGACGAAAGACUCCACAUUCAGCGCGGGGAGCAGCGGCGGUUAUGGGAAGAGGAAGAACAUGCAGCAACAAACUUUUGAGGCCGUCGCCGACGUCAUGGACAAGCAUGGUGCGCUCAUAGCGAGCACAAUGGACAGCGCGAGCAAGCGACAAUGCUCAAUGAUGUUACGUCAGUGUGAAAUCCUAGAGAACGAAGUGGAAGUGCAGAGGAAACAUUAUGCUGCGGCGGAUGAGGCGAACAAAAUGAUGUGCACCGCUCUUAUGGAGAUUGCAAAAGCCAUUCGCCAGAGAUCAUGAGUGAUGCUGACAAUGAUGUCCGCUUUUGCUUUGGUGGACUUUCUUUCCACGAGUUGCGCCUGCGACUACG